AUGUUCUGGACAAAGGAGGAAGAGGAGAACUCGCUGAUGCAGCUUCUGAAGUCUGACAACUUCACGUUGAAAGAUGUGCUUCUCAAUGAAUUCGUAGUACAAGAUUCGCGAUACGGAAAACCCGAACUCGUUGAAUAGUGAGUAGAAUGCUGAAAUCUUCAUGGCACGGAAUCGUUUCAGCAUUACGAAACCGGAAAAUAUGGUCGCUCUGCUGAACCUCAGUCUAAAUCCUUCUAUUGACCCGAACGUUCCCAUGAAAGACCAAUACAGGUAGUUUCUAUUCAAGAAAUACUAUACCAAUUUCUGUCUCAGGUUGUCCUUCAUCGCUUCUGAAAUUCUGACGAUUCGAGGCACCGAUAUAUACCAACAGUUGAUUGUCUCGGUAUAAAGCAUAUAUGAGCGGUUAUCAAAGUCUUUAUUGCGUUCAAUUUGUAGAGCGACGAAACCAGGAAAGUGCUGAUUGACUUUAUAAACGACGAAACCCCUGUAACUCAUCUGAUCGCCGGGUUUUUCGCCAAAAUCAUGGAAUGCCUUCUGUCAAGACAGUUCGUUCUGGUUCGUUCUCUGCUAACCAAUUUCUGAUCCUUUUGCCACUAGUUGCAGACGUUUUCUCUCCUAAACGAGACGACGUUUUUCGAAAAGUGCAUCCAGAAUAUCCACCUCGGAGCAAUUGAAUGUCUUCUCGAGAAUCUUGUACGGAUUCCGAAUACGGGAGAGGGAACACGAGUUGUGAAAGAGGUAAGGAACACGGGACUGCAAACUGAAUCAAUAUUUUUUUCAGUGGAUGAUCUCCGAGAAUGUAUUCGAGAAAGUUGUGGAACGGAUGAUCCAAGUCGAAUCUGACGAAGACAUUGAGGCCCUUGCCGAGGUGUACACCGAGAUACUGCGUGAACUGAGAGACAAACUCUACGUUCUCGAGAGCAAGGAGGAUACAUUGCAUGAUAAGGCCAUGGAAGAUACUGUGAUCUCCAAAAUAGCUCAAAACGUCGUUUUCGAUGUAGGCGAGACGAGUUAAACUUAACAAAAUCAUUGCAUACCUUUCAGGCGGACAGCACUGCAGAAGAACUCGCUAAGAAGUCGGCUUUGAUUAGUUCAACGGCAAAGAUACUGGAAUCGUUUAUCAAGACUAACUUCGUACGAGGUUCUCCGGCUCAACAUCUUGAUGAAGUUGAAAGAAACCAACUGGAAGAACGGCAUUACACCUACGGAUUGAUGCGACCGUGCAUGGAAAACGAGCCCUUUGAACAGAACUGGCAGCCGGAUCCCGAGAGAAUCGCAGAGGGAAUAAUUUCAAAUCGCGUUGACAACAUUCUGCAGACAAUCUUGAGAGACGUUCAAGUGAACGGAUCCGUUUGGCAACCACUGCUCCGGAUGGUUACCGAGCUUUGCAACACAAAUCACCUUCCCACUCAUGAGAAACUUGCGAUAGCUCUGCAGAAACUGCCCUUCGUGAAGGUGGUUUCACUCCUCUCAGUCCAUCCAGAUAGUUCCCAUUUCAGUUAAUCGAUGCAGCGAAGAAGAUGCCCCGUGCAAGUGUUCUCCACUCGUUGCUCGUCAGAAUGGUCGCUUUGUUGCUUCAUACCCGAUUCCCCCACUCACCAGAAGUUCUUUCUCCAGCUGCCGAGUAUUUGAUCGCUGAAAGUGGUCUAAUCAAAAACAUCUACGAUACGGCGUGCUCCUUUCACUCAGCGCAGAACUUGGUUUCUUCAUGCGGUCUCCGAUCGUUCAAUCAGAACUUGGGAGAUGCCAUUUUCCGAGCCAAGAGAAGUCCGCUGCCUCCACCAACAUUGGCAGCGAUUCUGGACAGGGAUCAGCGGUGGACUGAGCUGGAGGAUAUAAUUGUGAACUACAACCUGAAGAAUCGUCCACAGAUGCAAACUUUCGACGACUCGAGCAUUCUCGGAUCGUCCGUGCGAAAUGACAGCAGUCAUGGAUUCAAUGACAGUGAAGAAUGGACAGACGCGUCUGCGAAGUUCGCAGAAAUCGACGCCUUGUCAUCAAACAAUAAAAGAGGGUUCUCGAACUCGUUCGGGUAAAACUUUUGUCAAAAAAACUCGCAAAAUCGCUUCCAAUUCCAGUUUCGAAGUCAACUUGCAACGGUUCUCUGACAUGGAACAGUUCGAGGAAACCCCAGACGAGGAUGAGUUCAAAAAGCUGUGUUCAGAGCGUGCUAACUCGUCGUCCUGCUCUGGCGGCAAGGCAAAUUUCGACGUGUCGACGUGGCCUGGCGAGCACGAGAAAGACGCGGAGAAAGUGCUUGCUGAGUUCAACGCCGCUACGAGUACGUAUCCCGAUAUUACCCUUGGUAGCACUGCUCUGAUAGAACCGGAUGAGGACGACGAGUGGGUGUGGCCUACGGAGCCCCCACUCGGAGAAAACGACGUGGUUUCUGCUCCGGGACCUCGUCCUGACAAUAUCUGGGUUGACGAAACAUUGCCCGAUCUUUCGCAUCUAGGUAAUAAUAAAGGAUGAGAUAGGUGGGAUCGCAGCCACUUCUCAGUCCAUCGCACUCGUCUGUGUCUCCCGGUUUUAUUCAGAGAGCAAUCCCACCUAUGUUUUCACACAUAAAUUCGAAUACAUAAUGAUUUUUCAGACAUGUCUCCACCGCAAGUGGAUGACAUGUGGGCCGACUUCUCGUCCUUCCCCACCACAAAUCCGUCCACGUCUGCCAGCACAAGUGCAGCCGCCUUUGCCGAAUGGCCAGGAGCUGACGCUUCCGAGCAAGGAGAAAGCUCCGAUUGGCCAUUGAGCAGCUCGAACGACUCGAAGCCAACCGACCCUGCGACUGUAGGAUUGGCUGCCAGCAUUUCGCCCCCAAAGGACGACAACUCUAGCGAGGCGUAA